AUGGGUGGAAUGACGUCAUCAAUGGCGGCGAAGUUCGCCUUCUUUCCGCCGAAUCCGCCGUCGUACAAGGUGGUCAAGGAUGACCUCACGGGGCUGCUGCUGUUGAGCCCGUAUCCGCACCGGGAGAAUGUGGAAGUGAUGAAGCUGUCGACUAGGAAAGGGACGGAAAUAGUUGCGAUGUAUGUGCGGCAUCCCAUGGCCACCUCUACUCUGCUUUAUUCACAUGGUAACGCUGCCGAUCUUGGCCAGAUGUAUGAGCUGUUCAUCGAGCUCAGUAUUCAUUUGCGCGUCAAUCUCCUCGGGUAUGACUAUUCUGGAUAUGGGCAGUCAUCUGGAAAGCCCAGUGAGCAACAUACAUAUGCUGAUAUUGAAGCCUCGUAUAAGUGUCUUGAAGAGAAUUAUGGUACUAAGCAGGAAGAUGUUAUCCUCUAUGGACAGUCUGUUGGAAGUGGACCAACUUUGGAUCUUGCAUCUCGUUUGCCUCGAUUAAGAGCUGUUGUCCUGCAUAGUCCUAUAUUGUCUGGCUUAAGAGUCAUGUAUCCUGUAAAACGCACAUAUUGGUUUGAUAUCUACAAGAACAUCGACAAAAUCCCACUGGUCAAAUGUCCAGUUCUCGUGAUUCAUGGAACUGUAGAUGAAGUUGUGGACUUCUCGCAUGGCAAGCAGCUCUGGGAACUAUGCAAGGAAAAAUAUGAACCCUUGUGGAUCAAAGGAGGAAAUCACUGUGAUUUAGAACUCUAUCCCGAGUAUAUCAGACAUUUGAAGAAAUUUGUGGCAACUGUAGAGAGACCCCCAUCACAGAGGAUGGGUUCACGGAAAAGCGUGGACCAGUUUGAGCCGUCUAGGAAGAGUACAGAUAUUUUUGAGGCUUCAAGAAAGAGCACUGACCGGAGAGAAAAACCGAGGCACAGUACUGACAAGCCCGAACAUAUCAAAUGUCAGUCGAAUAACCCUGACAAGCUAGAUAAAAUAAGGAUCUCAUUUGAUCAGAUUGAAAGGUCUCGGAGAAGUGUCGAUUGCAUUGAAAAAUCCCGAAAAAGCAUCGACCUUCAGCUCGAAAGAGGUCGGAAGAGUGUUGACCGGUUGGAAAGAUUAAGGACAGGGUUGUUUUGGCAUGCCUCUCGGCCUUUGGUGUGA